CUCGCAGUUCCUGCCUCUGGCCAUGUCAGAAACCGCGCCUGCCGAGACGGCUGCCCCGGCGCCGGUGGAGAAGUCACCUGCCAAGAAGAAGGCGACCAAGAAAGCUGCGGGCGGUGGCGCGGCGAAACGCAAGGCCACCGGCCCCCCGGUGUCAGAGCUGAUCACCAAGGCGGUCGCCGCCUCCAAGGAGCGCAACGGCCUCUCUCUGGCCGCGCUCAAGAAGGCGCUGGCGGCCGCCGGCUACGACGUGGAGAAGAACAACAGCCGCAUCAAGCUGGGCCUCAAGAGCCUGGUGAGCAAGGGCACCCUGGUGCAGACCAAGGGCACCGGCGCCUCGGGCUCCUUCAAGCUCAACAAGAAGGCGGCCUCCGGGGAGGCCAAGCCUAAAGCCAAGAAGGCGGGCGCGGCGAAGGCCAAGAAGCCCUCCGGGGCCACCCCCAAGAAGCCAAAGAAGGCUGCGGGAGCCAAGAAGGCGGUGAAGAAAACUCCGAAGAAGGCGAAGAAGCCCGCGGCUGCCGGGGUCAAGAAGGUGGCCAAGAGCCCCAAGAAGGCCAAGGCCGCCGCCAAGCCCAAGAAGGCGGCGAAGAGCCCAGCCAAGCCCAAGGCUGUGAAGCCGAAGGCGGCCAAGCCCAAAGCCGCCAAGCCCAAGGCAGCGAAGCCCAAGGCUGCCAAGGCGAAGAAAGCGGCCCCGAAAAAGAAGUAGGAAAUUGGCCUUUGAGAAGGCAGCAAAACCCCAAAGGCUCUUUU